AUGAUGAACGAGGGUUAUGCUGAUGAUGAAGGUUAUUUGAAUUCGGAAAUAUAUGGUGAGGAUAUUCAAGACACUCAAAUUCCAGAGACACAAGAAAAUGAAGAGGGGUAUCGUGUUGACAUUGAUAAUCAGACACGCAAUUCAAAUGAGUUUACUCCAACUCCACCGAUUAAUAUGUUCCAGAAUCAAGUUUCCAGAGCUUCACAACAAGGAAGAGUGAGACGUGAAAGUGCUAUAAACAGAGUUGCAGGAGGCUCACAAGUCUCAUUAAGGAAUGGUUCACGAGGAGGUCGCAGAAAACAAUCAUUUCAGGCAACUCUAGCAGAUACAAUGGCUGGUUUUAGAGAGUUUCAACGCCAAAGUUUACAACAAACUCCAAAUGGACAAUGGAGUCAUGGUUCUCAACAAUGGGGCACUCCUCCAAACGCUCAGCAAUGGGGCAUCCUCCAAGUAUUCUCACAAUGGGGUAUUCCUCCAAAUGCUCAGCAAUGGGGUCCAUCAUCAAGUGUUCCACAAUGGGGCACUCCUCCAAACGCUCAGCAACGGAAUACUCCACCAAAUGUCCCACAGUGGAGCACUCCACCAAAUGUUCAACAAUGGGGUUCAUCAGGAAAUGUUCCGCAAUGGGGUACGGCAAAUACUCAACAGUGGGGUUCAUCAUCAAAUGCCAACCAAUGGGAUCCAUCAUCAAGUGCUCAACAUGGGGUUCAUCACCAAAUGCCAACCAAUGGGUUCCAUCAUCAAGUGCUCAACAGUGGGUUUCAUCACCAAAUGCAAAUCAAUGGAUUCCUCCAACAAAUGUUCAGCGUGGAUUUUCACUAG